GACCGGGAGAGCGGCGACGGGGCGAGGGCGAGAGUGCGGCUCGAGCGCAGCGGGUGGGACCGGAGCGGGAGCGGCGAACGUGUGAGGAGAAGCGGGGGAGCAGGCUGGUAUUGAUUUCUCUGUUAUUUCAAGAAACUGUUGAAAUCCUGCCCGUGUUUGAAGGACAACAUGGUUUCAAUUCCAGAAUUCUACCUAGGCAAGAAUGUUCUCAUCACUGGAGCCACAGGCUUUAUGGGAAAGGUGCUACUUGAAAAGUUGCUGCGUUCUUGUCCUGGAGUAAAGACCACGUAUAUUUUAGUGAGGCCCAAGUCAGGCCAGGAGCCUCGAGAGCGAGUUGAAGAGAUGCUAAACUGUAAGCUUUUUGACAGACUCCGUGUUGAACAGCCAGAUUUCAAGGAAAAGAUUGUAGCAGUGAGCAGUGAACUGACCCAGCCAGAGCUUGGCCUUAGCCAAGAAGAUAGAGAACUUCUGACAUCCUGCAUUAACAUAGUCUUUCAUUGUGCUGCAACCGUUAGGUUUAAUGAAACUUUGAAAGAUGCGAUGCAGUUAAAUGUGGGGGCUACCCGCCAGCUCCUUGCUUUUGCACAGCUGAUGAAGAAGCUUGAGGUCUUCAUUCAUGUUUCCACUGCGUAUGCCAACUGCAAUCGCAAGCAUAUUGAGGAGGUUGUUUAUCCACCUCCAGUUGAACCUAAAAAGUUGAUUGAAGCUCUGGAAUGGAUGGAUGAUGGUCUAAUUCAAGACAUUACGAGGAAAUUAAUUGGAGAGCGUCCGAACACUUACACCUAUACUAAAGCCAUGGCUGAAUAUGUUGUACAGCAAGAAUGUGGAAACCUCAACGUUGCAAUUAUCAGACCUUCUAUUGUGGGAGCGAGUUGGAAAGAACCAUUUCCUGGCUGGAUUGAUAAUUUUCAUGGACCCAGUGGGCUCUUCAUUGCUGCUGGGAAAGGAAUUCUUCGCACAAUGAGGGCUUCUAACAGUGCAGUGGCAGAUCUGAUUCCAGUCGAUGUGGUCAUAAACAUGAUCCUGGCAGCAGCCUGGUAUUCUGGCGUUCAUAGGUACAGCAGACCAAGAAACAUCUUAGUAUACAACUGUACUACAGGUGGCACCAAUCCUUUCCAUUGGGGUGAAGUUGAGUACCAUGUAAUAUCCACUUUCAAGAGGAAUCCUCUCGAACAGGCCUUCAGACGGCCCAAUGUAAAUCUAACCUCCAAUCACUUGAUCUAUCAGUACUGGAUUGCUGUAAGCCACAAGGCCCCAGCAUUCCUGUAUGAUGUCUACCUCAGGCUUACUGGAAGAAAACCAAGGAUGAUGAAAAUCAUUAAUCGGCUACACAGGUCAAUGAUGCUGGUUGAAUACUUCACAAGCCAUUCGUGGGUGUGGAACACUGAUAACAUAAACAUGCUUAUGGGCCAGUUGAGCCCAGAAGACAAGAAAGUUUUCAACUUCGAUGUUAGACAGCUUCACUGGGCUGAGUAUAUGGAGAAUUACUGCAUGGGAACCAAGAAAUAUGUGCUAAACGAAGAACUCUCUGGGCUUCCUGCAGCCAGGAAACAUCUCAUCAAGUUGCGAAACAUUCGCUAUACAUUCAAUACAAUUCUGGUUGUCCUGAUCUGGAGAGUUUUCAUUGCAAGAUCACAAAUGGCACGGAACAUCUGGUACUUUGUGGUCAGCUUAUGCUUCAAGUUCCUGUCUUACUUCAGAGCAUCUAGUACCAUGAGAUAUUGAAGACACUGCUGGCACUCAACCUUUGUGGAUAGUUGUACUGGACCUUGAUAACUUUUAUGUUAAUGUUUUUACCUUAAAAAGAAACCUGUACCUUGUUACACUUUGUCAUGUAUGUAAUUUGUUAGCUACCUUAUGAAAAUUUAAGUUGGCUGUCUAACACCGUAUAAAGUACAGAAAUGCACUAAAGCAAGUGUGUGUGUUUAAAAAAAAUUAAAAAAAAAAUCAGUUUCAGGGUUUAAAAUAAGCUUUAAUACUGAAGGCAGAUUGACAUGGAGAAAUGAGUUUCAAUUUUGUUUUCCAUUGACUUAACUAUUCAGAUUUCUGUAGUCAUCUCUGCAGUAGAGUUUGUGGGCGGCAGUUUACUUGUGGCGCAUGUUGAGUCUGCAUAGUUUUCAAUUUAUCUUUUGGUUACAGGUCAGGCAUUCAGUUUAAACGUCUAUGGUGCAUUACUAGAGGAAGAAACGCCAUUAAAUUCACAUCAAGUUUAAAGAGACUAAAUAUCACUGGCCAUAAAAAAUUCACCUUAUUGGUCUGUAGUCUCCAUGCAUUGAUUGAUCUGAGUUGAAGAAUAAAUUCAUUGUUAUUUUUUUAAAAGUACCCAUGUGGUGUUCGCAUUAAAGUGACAAUCUUAAAAUUCUGCAUUUUUACCAUCACACAUUGAAGCAUGGCAGUCACUUUGUGGCAGUCAGUGGAUAAAUUGCUAAGAAAAGUUCUUAAUGACGUUGCCUUCUACUCCAAUGUUACCGUAGAAAGGACCUGUGCCAUGUAAUAUUUAAAAUUUUUUUUAAGAAUGUCACAGAUUUAAUCCAAGCAGGUUUAACUGAAUGUCUGAAUUCAACAAAUAGAAACUAGUAAUGUCGUUUGCCUUUUUUUUCCAAAAGCCUUUUAAUUUAGCAUCUUAGAUUUAUGUGGAAAGCAAAAGGUACUUACGUUACCUGUGGGUAAACAUUCCUCGAAGAGAAAUGAGACUAGUGAAUGCAAAUGUAUUAAUGUACUACACUCUCUGUGGACAUGUAUUAAUAGUUGAAUUUUGAUAAAAUUAGGAAAUUAACUUACUAAUGGUUUUGCCUUGACCUGGGGCUAUCAUAUUGAGGUAUCAGAAUGUGCCUGACUUCACUAUAUUUUAGGUUGCUAUGCUGAAGAUUUUUUUUAAAAAGAGAUAUGAAAAUUGCUUACUGGCCUCUCAGAAUUACUGGCAUUUUCCAUUUGAUUGUUACAAGUGGGAUGCUGGCAUUGUUGCUUUUGGCACAAAGGUUGAAUGAGUCGAUUAUAUUUUAAAAUUAUGCUGCAGCCUCCUUUAAAACAUGCGCUAUGAAGAACAGUUUUAUUUUUGUGGCCUCACAAUCAGUGAGAUGUCAUGUCUCACUGUACCAAUAGCUUACAUGGGACCUCCCAUUGCUGUACUGUUGGCUACCACUUCGCCUCUACCACACGUAGAUUAAAAUGACCAUUAAAAAUCAUCAACAAAAAUUUUUUAAACACCAUGGCCGCUGAUCAACAUCGGUCCACACCUUUUUUGAUGUAAACUGUCCUCGGAGCUGGUGUGAUUAGAGGUUCUCACAACUGUUGACUUGAUUCAUCGGCUGCUAACUUGGUUAACUGCUUGAAUGACAUUUGCAUCUUUACAAGAAUCUAUUUUAACCGAAGGCAAGUUGAGGGCAAGAGUGUAAAAGAAGCCAGGAUAAUAUAUAUAUUACAUGUAUAUAUAAUUAUAUUGGCUGGCUUCAUUCAGUGUGCAGUACUGUGUACCUACAUAACAUUUAAGUUACCGUUUGUCAAACAUUCUUAUUGUCAGCUUUUUUUUUGUUGAGUUUUCAGUGUAGUUAUAAUUCAUACACCAUCCUAUUAGUCAUGAAAGAGUGCUCUUUGCUUCAUAAAGUAAUCAAAUUAGUAGUUUGGCAGCUAAACUACAGUGAUUGUUAUUGCUGCAAAUGUUUUCCAUCAGUUGCCCUGCCUGCUCUGUCUUGUGUGAGGAGUGUCUGGGUUAUUAUCUAAGCCAAACGUGUGUAAAAUCCUUUGUAAAAAGCCCCCUUCGUCUCAGAACGUUGCUACUCUUGUACCCAUUUGUUCACAGUAUCUUAAACAACGUGACAGGAUGGUUACAAAGAAAACCUGUUUGAGAUUUUAAUUCAAAUUUCUGUAAUUCAACAAAAAGUUUCACCGAUAAACGUAUCAGUUGAAGUUUGAGCAACUGAGAUUCAAGCCUUACUUUGUGAUGGCAUUGAACGCCAGCAGAAAUAACUGAAAACUGCACAAAAUGGUGAUUUUAUAAAGUAAGCCGUGCAAAUACUUUUCACUUUUGUUAGCUGGGAUUUGGAGAAACCCUGUGCUCAUAUCAAAUUCUCAACUUUUUUAAUAGCAGAUUACUUGAGAGGGAAUUAUUGAGGUGUUUUGCAGGAAUCCUUCCUGACUGUAGUUGGUUGGUUGGAUAGUGCAGUAAGUGGAACUUCCUGCUAUGGGACUGGGUGCGCUAAAAUGGCAUAGGUUGUUAUGCUAUUAACAAUGGUUGUAAAAUAACUUCAAUGUGUAUUGUGAGGCUGCCUUAUCAAACAAUGUUACACUUUUUAGUGGAUGUUUCUACAAAGGACAAUAAAUGACAUUUGUAAUUGAAAUGGCUAAUAUUUAUUGGUUUUCAGUCAUUGUUACCAGUAAGGCAUAAUCUGGGACAAAAUUUGCUUGAUUUUAAGGAAAUAAUUUUCUGUAUACUCCUGACUUUUUAAAAAAAAAAACUUUUUUCAUCCUGAAAGCAAUGUUAAAUGCAAGCCACUCUCCAAUGGCAACAUUCAUAUUUUUUACACUGUUUGUAUGAAAAAUGAACAAGUGUCAGUGUCACAGUUUGAAGUACAAAUAGUGAUUUGUGAAUGGAAAAUUAAAUGGGUGCCUUUGAGAACCAAAAUAUGCUGUAUUUAUUUAAAUAAAAUGACAUAUUUAUGCUUUUCCCUCCCCCACAUUGUGGAACCCAUGCUAUGCUGCCUUUUCAAUAUCUUGCACAUCAUCCAAUGGCUAAUAUUUCACUGUACAGCAAAGCUACAAGAAUGUUGUGAAUAUUCAAUGGUUCAUGUUAUCUGGUUGGAGCAGAACUGGUCAUCCUGUAUGGAAAAAGAUGAAUGUUAAAUAUAGAUUUGAAAAGUUACUCAAAUAAUAAUUCUAGCACAAAUUGCAUGGCAACAGAGUCAAAUGAACUAACUUGCAAUGCCAAACUGGCAUGGGCCAAAUCCUGACCUACUGGCUGGAUGCAUGGUUUAUCUGGUUUCCAAACGUGCAUGGAAAAUGCACGUGAUUGUCUAUGUGAUGUUUAAUUCUAUUGAUCGUUGGAACGGUUUCAUAAUACUCCGAAUGUGCAGUAGGGAGACGUGUAAAUAAAAAGGACAAUAAGCGUGAAGCAGGAAAAUUUCAACGGGUGAAUUGGCUACUUUACUAUUGCUUUGGUUAAGCUGUGAUGAAACGUACUUGAACAAAGUUUCAAGAAAUGCUUUUUGCUCUAUGUUAAAACAAUCCCAGGUGUAGUUCCUCACCUUUUACAGUGGUUUUCUCUUUUGCAUAUGCAGCCAAUAAGGUUAACGAUGAACCCACUUAUGUUGUGCAGAAGUCCUACAGGGCAGGAAAUAAAUAUUUAGUUUGCAUUAAAACGUG